AUGAAAUCAUUGACUGAAAUCAAGUGUAUAGAAUUUUUUUCAGGGAUAGGAGGGAUGCGUUACGCAUUUAAUACUAGUGGGGUAAAAGGUAAAAUUGUGGCAAGUUUCGAUUUGAAUAUUGUCGCUAAUUCUGUAUAUCGGUUCAAUUUUGGGACGAACCCUGUGACAACAUCAAUUGAAGUACUAAAAACUGCUGAUAUUGAAAAAUACGAUGCGAAUUGCUGGCUAAUGAGCCCGCCAUGUCAGCCUUAUACUCGAGGCGGGAAAAAUCUAGAUGAUAAAGAUACAAGAGCAAAACCUUUGCUUCACUUGAUUGAAUUAUUGCCGCAGUUGCGUGAACCUCCUCGUUAUAUUUUCCUGGAGAAUGUGGUGAAUUUUGAGAAAUCACAAUCGCGAGAAAAGCUUGUAUGCCAACUAAUUCGAAUGAAUUAUGAAAUUCGUGAAUGCAUUUUAAGUCCUUUACAAUUCGGUAUGCCAAAUGAUCGAAAACGUUACUAUUUAAUGGCACAUAAAAAAGACAAUGAAACACACAAUUAUGCUGAGAAAGCGCUAGAUUAUUUGUCAAAUGCUGAAAUAUAUACAAGUUGGCCGUUUCCAUAUAUGUUAAAUGGAAACGAAAAUUUCAAUAUAGAUAUUCCCCAAUUAUCGAAUUUCUUGGAGAACAUAAAUACUGAUUCUGGAAUGGAUGCUGAAAAAUUCAUGGAACUUCAUAAAGUUCCUGAAAAAUAUAUUUUAAAGAGAUUCAAUUUCAAGUAUGAUAUAGUGCAAGCUUCUCACCGUAAAAGCUCUUGUUUUACUAAAGCUUAUGGUAGUCAUCAUAUAAUUGGAUCAGGUUCUUUUCUUCAGACGAAAAAAAUUGAGGUAACAGAAUACGAUUUCACAAAUCCAGGAUCUUUACUCGAGUUAGGUUUACGUUUCUUUACACCGCUUGAGGUUGCGCGGCUUCAUGCAUUUCCAAUUAAACCACUUGAAACACCACACGAAACUUCAGAGAAUUCACCGGAACAAGACACUUCUUUUGCGGAGGAUUCUGAUGCAACAAAACUGGCAAAUAUUCCAAGAGCAUUUAAUCCGAAAUUAUUAGUCUCUUCAAUAAAUCCGGUAUAUUUAGAAUUCACCGAUGACAUUAGCAUAAUUCAACGUCAUCGGUUGCUUGGGAAUAGUUUAAAUGUGUGGGUGGUUGCGGAAUUAUUCCGAUGUGUGCUAUUCCAUAGAAGCAAUUAG